AUGAUUCAAUUGAAUUGUACUCGCUCACUUGCAACAACUACAGAAUGGAUAAUCAAAAACUGUUCAUCGAUAUGUUUAUUUCGAAUUCAACUAAAUAACAAAAUCAGUACAACAUUUAGUGAACUUUAUAUUCCAUCAAAAACUCUUGACUAUGGCGUUUAUCAACUAACAUUAACUGUCACAAUGAUUGAUUCACCAAAUUUUAAAUCAUCAUCUUCAGCUUAUGUAAGAGUAACUGCAACAGGUAUAACAGCAAAUCCUGUUCAAUUAGGAACAUCAAUGAUAACACGUGGCAGUCAACAAGAUCUUCAACUUGAUCCUGGAGCCUAUUCUGUUGAUCCUGAUCAAGAUUCAUUUGAUGCGAGUAAAUGGAAAUAUGAAUACUAUUGUCGAAUUUAUGGUUCAUACAAUUUCCCAAAUAUCCAAGGUAUAUUAUUGACAAUUGAAAAUUCCAAAACUGAUCCUUAUAAUCCAUCAUGCUUAUCAAAUCAAUCAGGAUUAAUAUUCGGAAAUUUAACUGCAUCACCUAAUUCAUCUCUAACAGUUCUUGGUGGUUCACUUCAAUCAAAUCAAAUCUAUCAAUUUAUGGUCUAUAUGGAAAAUCGUAAAAAUUCAUCUAUUCAAGCUACAGGUUAUGUACUUGUUACAGUUGAAGAUACUCAACCACAAUUAAUUGUUAUUGGUUGUGUUAUAUCAAUAUUAUGUGUUCCAAAUCUUGAAUAUCAAUUUGUUAAUCCAACAACACAAGUGGCUCUAUUUGCUAUUUGUGUUGGAAAUUGUAUCAAUCUUCAAAAUAUAAAAUGGAAUAUUUAUCAAGGAUCUGAUAAUUCAUCUUCAAACUAUACACAAUGGACUUUAUUUAAUAAUACAAUUUUAUAUGAAAAUACUUGGUUUUUUGGUAAAAAUACAAGUAAUUUUACAGCUACAAAUCAAUUAUUUCUCAGUAACCCUCAGAUAAAUCUUUGGCGAUUUGAAGUUGUUUAUACAUUUUUAAAUGAAACAAGUACAAGUGCAUUAAAUUUUAUUAUUAAUCAACCUCCGUAUAAUGGUUCAUGUUCAAUCAAUCCUCUUAAUGGUACAACAACUACUUUAUUCACUAUUGAGUGUCCAGAUUGGUACGAUACAGAUGGAAUUAAAGAUUAUUCAUUAUACGCAUGGACUACAGAUGUAUCGCAAAAAUUAAUGAUUGCAUAUUCAUCAGUAUCUGAUUUUCAAGUUCGAUUACCAAGUGGAGAUAAUCAAACAUCAUUACUCAAUAUUGUUAUUUCUAUUCGUGAUCUACUUGAUUGUGUUGUAGAAGUAAAUAUGUCUUCUGUAUAUGUUAUCGUAGAUUCUGUAGGAAUAAAUGAUUUAAUGACAAGUCUACAAAGUUCACCAAAUGCAUUAACAAAUAAUCCAAUUGUUCAAUUACUUUCAAGUGGAAAUCAAAACACUGUUGGACAAAUUCUUACAGCAAUUUCUCAACAAUUCAAUCAGCUGAAUAGUGAAAAUAUAGACCAGGCUGUUUCAAAUGGAAUACCAGCUGCAACUAUUUUAGUAUCAUCAUUAGGAAGUCAAAGUUUACAAGGAAAUUCAACAUCUUUCAAUGAAUCACCUUUGAUUGAAUAUAAUAAAAUAUUAAAUUCUCAAGCAAAUCUUCGAGAUUACUUAAUGACAUUUACAACUAAUCUUCUUAUUACAACAUCAAAUAGUAUUAAAUUACAAUCAUCAGCAUUAGCACAAAUAACUCAAUCAACAAAUCAAUUAACAAGAGCUGCUUUAUCAAUUGUAUCAAAUAGAUGUUAUCAAUUAUCUCUUGCUUUAUCUUCAAUGGCAACACAAAUUUCAUAUGAAGAUGCUCAAGUAGCAGCAAAUCAACUAAUACAAUGUGCUUCAAAUGUCUUAACCGCUGUAAAUGGACCAUUACAACAACGAGCAAGUACACUUGACUUAGAUUAUUCUCGUGCAAACUCCAUACCUACUGAUUAUGAUACUGAUCUUGAAUCUCCAUGGUCAAAUACAAAUUUAUUUGGUGGUGGUGAUGAGGCAUCAAUUGAACAAAAUCGAAACAUAUAUUAUCAAAAACAAUUAGCAAAUGAGAUUAGCACACAAGUAACAUCAAUUAUUUCAUUAAUAACAUCUUCAUUAAAUAUUCAUUUAAAUAUUGGUCAAAAUUCAAUAAUAAAUACAUCUCAAACAUAUAUGUCAUUAGAAACAAUAUCUGUAACAUCACUUUCGGAUAGAAUUGUAAAACAAAUUGGAAAUGCUCAAUUUCAUAUUCCAUCAGAUUUUAAUUUGAAUAUAAAUGAUAACUCUUCGAUUUCAGUUCGAUCAAAAAUGGAUGUACUUGCUUCAUUUGGAAAAUCUUCAAAUACAAAUCUUUCAAGAACAAUUUCACUUUCAAUUAUCGAUCAAAAUGGAAAUGAAAUUUCGUUUCAAGCCAAUGAAAAUAAUUCAAUAAAACUAAUAAUUCCUCGUGAUGCAAAUGUAUUAAUUCCAUCAAUGUAUUUACAAAAUAUUACAUCAAUUAAUUCAACUAUUAAUAAUUUAUUAUUUAAUUAUCAUUAUAUUAAUAUAACAAGUUCACUUCCAAUUUCAGUUCAUUUUGAAAUUCAGUCUUUAAAUACAAAUUUAGCUUAUUUAUUUAUUUAUAAAUUUGAUCAAACACCACAAUUAAAUAGUUCAAUUAAUCUUAUUGAUGGAUGGACAAUUUUUUGUCCUUUCAUAGAUUUAACCAAUGAUGAUAUUUAUCGAUAUUUUAUUGAUAAUCAACAAACACCUGGUCAUCAAUCAUUAAUAUUUGGAAUAAGAGAAUUAAAUUCAACUGAAAUGAAUAAUUAUUGUUUAAAUAAUUCAUCAAUAAAUACAUCUUUACCAAUCACCGAUGAACCAUUUACUUUUACAUCAAAUUAUGAACUUCGUAUAUAUACAUCAGGCUGUUAUUAUCUUGAUGAUAAUAAUAAUUGGAAAUCAGAUGGAUUAAUUGUUGGAUCAUUAACAAAUCAUUAUGAAACAGAAUGUUUAUCAACUCAUUUAACAUCAUUUGCUGGUGGUUUUAUUGUUUUACCAGAACCAAUUAAUUGGAGUUAUGUUUUUGCAAAUGCUGGUUUUCUGAAAAAUAAAACAAUUUAUUUAACAGUUAUUUGUAUGUCUAUUGCUUAUAUUAUUUUGAUGAUUUUUGGACGUUUUAAAGAUAAGAAAGAUAUUGAAAAAUUAGGAGUAACACCAUUACCUGAUAACGAUAAAUCUGAUCAGUAUUAUUAUCAAAUUAUUGUUUUUACUGGUCAACGAGCAAAUUCUGGAACACAAUCAAAAGUUCAUUUUAUUCUCUCGAGUGAUGAUGAUGAAACACGUGUUCGAACAUUAUCAGAUCCUCAUCGAAAAAUACUUCAACGUGGUGGCAUUGAUUCAUUUAUUAUGAGUGUUCCAAAAUCAUUAGGAUUAUUAAAUUAUAUUCGUAUUUGGCAUGAUAAUUCAGGACAAGGUUCAUCAGCAUCAUGGUUUUUAAAAUAUAUUAUUGUUCGAGAUUUACAAACAAUGGAAAAAUUUUAUUUUAUUGCUCAACGUUGGUUUUCAGUUGAACAAGGAGAUGGACUUAUUGAACGAACUUUACCCAUUGCUGGUGAAAUGGAAAAACAAAAUUUCUCUUAUGUAUUAUCGAAAAAAGCUUAUUUUAGUGUAUCCGAUGGUCAUUUAUGGUUUUCAAUUUUCUCUCGACCACCAUCAAAUAAAUUUACACGUGUACAACGAUGUACUUGUUGUUUUGUUUUAUUAUUUGCUUCAAUGUUACUUAAUAUAAUGUAUUAUGAUUUGUCUGCUGAAGCAAAAUCGACAAAUAAUACAGAAAGUAAUAGUCUAUCGAUUGGUCCGCUUUAUAUAGCACCAGAACAAAUUGGAAUUGGUAUAAUGGUUGAAUUAUUCUCAUUAGUUCCAAGUAUUUUCAUAGUUCAAUUUUUUCGACGUAUUCGACCUCGUCAACAAAUUUCACCAUUACGUCAAGCAUUAGAGAAAAUACGAUCAUUACCACCCACGUUAGUAUAA